AUGCCAUUUCUACAAGACAAAGUCGUACAAUUAGUUAGCAAAUGUAAACUAAAUCGUUUCCCCUCUGCCCCCAAAGAUAAGUAUCACGACAUGAUGCUCUCCUCACUAUUCGCUGGGGAUGAUUACACAUCGACAUGGACGAGCAGUUCUCCCUUAUUCCCCCUCGCCUUCAUUGCCUCCUACGUCUUGUUCCAUUACUUGUACGUCCCAAAUUAUGAACUACCUCUCGAUUACAGGAGAAAAUGGACACUGGUCAAAAAUACGGUGAUAUUAAUUGCCAACGCAGUACUUGGAGUGGCUUAUUCCGCGACGGCAAACAAGCUUGAGUACAGCAUGUGGUGUCAACCUGUGAACCCAGCAGCGCCUAACAAAACCUUGGACCACAAUCGUAUGAAAGACCUUAUGUUCUAUUUUUCCCUGGUGAAGAUGCUAGAAGCGUCGGAUACAAUAGUAAUAUCCUUAAGAGGGGGUAGGUAUCCGUUUGGCGUCUUUGUUCAUCACGCCAUAAUGAUUGCGCUGGGCUGGGCGGGGACCGUUUUUGUGCCUGCAGGAACGAGUAUAAUGAUCUCAUUUUAUUUGAGAGGAUGUUACAUUGCAUUACUUUUUCAAUGA